AUGGAAAAGUAUUCUGGUUGGCGAGACCCAGGCACUGGCAUUCACCCAUUUCUGUCACCAAAGCCUCCACGAAGCGACGAAUCGACUCUCCAUUUUGUUCUUUAUGGCAUCAAAACUUUUAUUCUAGGACCGUUCUUGGCUACGAUCAAGAUAAUCCUCAUUGCUGUGGUUGCACUACUAUGGUCAAUUCUUGAUUUGGUUUCAAUAAUUCUCAUCUCACCCAAAAUACAAUAUACUUGGAAACGAAUUGUUUAUGGAUCUCUUGGGCGGACUGUAUUGGCAUUGUGUGGGUUUUGGUGGAUUUCUAAAUCCAAUUCAACAUUACAACGAGGUGGUCGCAAGUCGGGUUUAUCUCGAGCAAACCACAAGUUGAAAAAGCCAAACCCCGAUCUCUACAUCUCCAACCACACAUCUUAUUUCGAUAUUUUGUACUAUGCAUCCAGCUUACAAAUGGUUUUCAUGUUUAGCAUUUCGCCAGUGUUUUUGCACAUUUCAUCCAAUGGGAUGGUGAGGCAGAUUUCGUUCUGGGAGGCGUUGAUGGAGGCAGGCAACUAUCCUGACUUGGAUGAUGAACCUGACAAAGUAACGUUUGUCGAUUUUAUAAAGAAAUAUAACAAGUCAUCGUGUGUUGCACCAAUCGUUAUAUUUCCAGAGGGCACGACUUCGAAUGGACGUGGACUGUUGAAGUUUAUGAACGUGUUCAAAGAUAUGAAUCCAGACGAGCUCGAUAUUCAAAUUCACGUCACUGGCAUAAAAUAUGUCUAUAACCAAUGGUGUCCGUGUUACACUGUUGGAAACAAGUAUAUUCACUUUUUCUGGACUCUAGCUCAGUUGUAUAAUACACUCGAGGUGCGAGAGCUUCCACCGCAAGAGUUGGACCUUUCAUCCAAUCCAUCAGCUGUAGACACAGCUGAUGCUGAGGAGGACGCUGUGGGUUUGCAAUUCAGCACAAUUUUAGCUCGAAUUCUACGGAUCCGCAAAACAUCUAAAAGCGUCGUGGACAAGUGCGAGUUUCUCAGCUUUUAUCGCGAAAGGGAGAGCAGGAGAUAUAAACGCAAGAAAUGA